AUGGCGAAGAAACUUUUCACCGUCCUCGAGAAUAACCCGCAGGUGAUGAACCACCUUGCUCAAGCACUUGGCUUGGAUGACUCGCUCUCCUUCUACGACAUCUACUCGCUCACCGACCCCGACCUGCUAGCCUUCAUACCCAGGCCUGUCUUCGCGCUGCUGGUCAUCAUACCUCUCACCCCUACAUGGCACGAAGCUCGAACGGCCGAGGAUAAGGACAAAGGCGAGUAUGAAGGCAAGGGCGCGGAGGAGCCUGUUGUCUGGUUCAAGCAGACGAUAGGCAAUGCCUGUGGGAGUAUAGCUCUCGUUCAUGCUUUGAUCAACAGUGAAGCAUCACAGCACAUCCAACCGGGUUCUGAGAUCGACAAGAUCCACAAGGAUGCCUUGCCUAAGAUGAUGUGGGAGCGAGCAAAGGUGCUUGAGGAUUCGGAGACUUUGGAGAAAGCUCAUGCUGAAGCUGCCAAGCUUGGAGAUACCGCUGCGCCUACACCAGUUUCAGACGAGCACACUGGACAGCAUUUUGUAGCGUUUGUCAAAGCUCGUGACGGUCAUUUAUGGGAACUCGAGGGCGGUCGCAAAGGUCCUCUAGAUCGAGGCGCGCUUGGUGAAGAUGAAGACGUACUCAGUCCUGCGGCGCUCGAGAAAGGCUUGGGGAGACUCAUGAAGAUUGAGUCAGAUAGAGGAGGUGACUUGCGAUUUUCUGCCAUCGCCCUUGCGCGCAGCUUCGACUGA